AUGUAUUCGAUUAAACCAAGUCAAAAAAUGUAUAGGAGAAAAGAAUGGAGGUUCACAGACAACAUCGUCGCAGCAAUAUUGUAUAUAUUCAUUAUUAUAGCUCUAGGCAAUGGCCAGACCAUAGACAGAGAUGAAUCGAGUGAAAUCGAUACUACGCAAACAGAUUUAAGUAAUUUAGAUAGUAAUGUAGAACCUAAUAAUUGCCAUAGCUGUCAAAUUAGUAAUAGUAAUUUAAAUAAUAACGUAAUUAAUGAAAAUAAAGACUAUCCAAAGGAUAAUAAUAUACUUGCUGACAUAAUAGACACAUUGAGCACAUUCUCAGAAAAAUAUGUAUUUGUAAAUAAUACGGAGAAACAGUUACAAAAUAUACUAGAGCAAGUUCUAGACGAUUCACUUAAAAAAGAUAAGUUUGAAAUAUUCGAAGGCGUUGAAAUUAAAGCUAUUAAUGAGAAAAAUAAAACAAAUCAACCAAAAGAUGACUUAGCAAUAAGACGAGAAGGAAGAGCAUUAUUCAGUUCAUAUACUUAUGAAUACAGAUUGUUUAAGAAAAUAAAGAACUUCAUUGAUACACACAUAUUAUCAAUAAACCUACCAAAAGCGGCAAGACUAGUGGGAUUCAGGUCUUUCGGACUAAAGAAGUUUUUUUUACCUUUGCUUAUCGGUGCUCAAGUUUUCAAAAGUAUACUACUGGCCAUGUUCUUACCAAGCAUCUUGGGAAGUUUCGGCAAAAUACUCGGCAAAGGUAUUUCCCACCUAUCAGCAGCUUCCAGUCAAGCUAGCUAUCCACCAGCCAACGGUGACGACCAAACCGCAUACAACAAUGACAACAAAGACUUCAUGGGAUAUGAAACGAAUCCAGCUGCAACAUUUGCUUACACGCAGGAUGAUAUGUAUGGAAACGAGAAUGAUGUCAAUGAUCUAUCUAAUGUUGAUAUGUCAAGAUUUGGCGUCGGAGGUCAGAAGGUUUCCUAUUUACCAAGCAAGAAUAGUUACUACAAAAAUCAAAUGACAACAACGACCAAUAAUUAUAAGAUAUUCCAGAAGAUUCCGGCUUCCUCAAUGAUCCUGAGCAAUUAUGACCCGUUCUAUUCACCUUUGCUUUCACGUCUGGAUGGAAUUUUCGCUAGACUCGGACUAGCUCCAACAGAAACAACUACAGAGUCAGACAAUAUGGUCAUUGGAGGACAAAGUGUCAGUGAUGUCAAACUUGAAUCUUGUAGAGAACAGUUAAUUUGUUUAAUGUACGCCAGCCCGGCGAAGUACGCACCGUAUAGCAACUUGGUAUCAGCGCAGUUGAGCAGAGAACUAAACGAGCUACGUCGUCCGGUUUCUGAUAAUCCAGAAAUUUUGCGUUUCUUCCGUUAUAUGCGAGCUGCAAGACGUGGCCAAGAAGGCACGGAUUGCAUGGAAGCACAUUCAGCUUGUGCUGUCAACACUAGCCCGUCACACACGAUGAUAGCUGCAUACCACGACAUAAACAAGCUCGUUACAGCCAGAAAACUAAGACACUAAGAAGCCGGAAAAUACAUGCAGUUAAAGAGUGAAGCAUCAUAUAAUGUUCCAAGUAAUAACUUGUGUGCACGUCAAGUUACAAACAAUGUUAGUUUUUUGCGCCAACACUGCGGAACAAUAUCCCAAAAUUAAUAUUCAGCAAAGAAGACUCUAACUACUUCCCUACAAUGUUAUUACUAUUACACAAAUAAUAUAAUUUUAACAUAUU